CCGGGAGCCCGCCCCAUCCCUACAGGACCCCGCAGGGCCUCCCUGUUACCCCGCAGAGCCUGCCCCACCCGCAUCAGGAACCCGCGGAGCCUCCCUGUGACGCCGCAGACCCAGCCCCGCCCCCACAGGAACCCGCAGAGCCUGCCUGUGCCCCCUGCCUAGCCCGCCCCGCUCCCACAGGACCCCGCAGAGCCAGCCCCGCCGCUACAGGAUCCGCAGAGCCUCCCAGUGACCACGCAGGACCGUCCUACCCCUACAGGACCCUGCCGAGCUUCGCAGUGACCUGUAGAGCCCGCCCCGCCCCCACAGGACCCCGCAGAGCCUCCCAGUGACACGUAGAGCCCGUCCUGCCCCCACAGGACCACAGAGCCAGCCUCGCCUCCACAGGACCCCGCAGAGCCAGCCUUGCUGUCACCGGACACUACAGAGGCCUGUAGAGGCCCGUCCUGCCCCCAGAGGAUCCCGCCCAGCUACUUGGUGACCCCCCAAAGCCACUCUGUACCCCCGCAGGACACCGCAGAGCCUCUCUGUUCCCUCUAGGACCCCCUUCCAGCCUCUUUGUACCCCCACAGGACCCCACCAAACCUCUACAUCCCCACAGGACCGCCCUUCACAGGACCCCGCUGAACCUCUCAGUACCUCCAUAGGACCCUGCUCCUCUAUUCCAGGACCCCACAGCGCUGGUCUCUAUGCCCUGCCCCCCACCCCAGUCUCAGGGCCUUACCUCCCCAGUUGUUCCCGCUUUUACGGUUUUGGGACCCACUGGGCCUACUCCUCCCCUCUCCAACGUGCAUCUUGUUCUCUCCUCCUGUGUCCCUCCCUUUCAGCACAGACCCCCACAGGGUGGAGACUGAGGCCUGAGCCUUGGGUGUGGUGAAGCCAGAUCAAGGAGCAGGACGGCGGAGGGUUGGUGCUAGGAGCCAGGGCUGGAGACAACAGACAGCGGAGGCUUCUGACUUGGGAUGCUGAUGUGGAGGGCAGUGGCCACCGGAGUAGUGAGGAGCAUGUUGCUCACAGGGGCCAGCCAUCGGGCAACAGUCUGAUUAGUGGCUGGAAGAGCCUCAGAGGUGAAGACCCACAGCCUGCUGAGGGUCAAGAUGGACAGCAGGCAGCUGUGGGCACAGCAGUCACAGCCCACUCAAGAGCAUAGGCAGCCCUUUCCCCCUGGGGGCCAGUCUAGGACCAGGGGCCAACCGGGUGCCCAGAGCAGUAACCAGCACGGAUUGCAAAUGCAGGACUGGGUGUGUGAGCCACAGGAGCACAGGCGCCCACGCCGCCACUGGAGCAUCAGCAUCGAUGAGCGCCGGCGGCUGGCCAUGCUGGGCACCCCCUCCCAAGACAGGGCCAUCACGCAAAUGGUGGCAGAGCUGGUGUCUGAGGACGUGGACAAGGACGUGCUCCUCGCACAGCCACCCAGGUCUGCUGAGUCCACUAAUGCCUUCUACGACUUCCUGGCCCGGAGCACGCCCUUCUGGCAGAGUGCGACUUUGAAGAGCCAAGCCUCGGGGUCUCCCGGCUCCUAGGAGCUCUCAGACCUCAGCUUUCCAGAGCUUCUCCGUGGGGAGGUUUUGGGGGAGACCUCUGUGUCCUUGUGUCUCACCAGGGAGAAAACAGGCCUCAAAGCACUGCCUGCCUGGUGCCCUGGGGCUGCUGGGAGGUGUGGCAGCUGCCGGGGAGGGGUCCUGCCCCAGCCUCCACCACCUGGAGGGUGAGGGGCAGAGGGUCCUGCCAGCAGAUGGAGGCCUGCCUUACGCUGCCAGGAGGAAGUUCUGGGGCACCUGGGCAGCUGGGUGCCAGGCGACUCACCCUGGGGCUGACAGCACCUCCGGAGCCUUGGUCCUACCUUUGAAGGCCCAGACAGGAUUCCAGGACCCAGCAGUGAUGCGGGGUGGGGGUGGGGCAGCUGGGUGAGGCACACAGAGGGAGGCUUCCUGAGGAAGAGAGCUCCCAGUUCUGGAAGUGAACCUGGGGGUGGACUAGGGUGCAUAGAGGGUCUGGGGUGGCCUUGAGAAGCUGGCUGGACAAGUGGCCCCAGGCCUUAGGCUGGAGCCAUAACUGCCUGGUCUCAAGGCGUGGGACUGCAGAAGGGUUCUAAGCCAGGGUGACAAUCCAGGCUGCAUUUUGAGGCGAUGGAGCUGGAGGGGCCUGGGGGUGGGAGAUAGGGAAAGGAGGGAGGGUUCCCAGCCCUGCUGGCUGGCAGGACGGAGUGUGAGGAGGUGGCCCUGGACUCAGUGACUGACUUAAGGGUUGCUUGGGCUUCUGCAGGGGCAGGGCUGGUGAGGGGCUUUGGGUUGAGAGGAGGUGACAGCCACCUGGACCGUGCACAAAUUGGCAAACAGGCAGUGCUGUCCCAGAGCCCAGGCUGAGGUGCAGAUCUGGCCAUAUGGUGCCUGCUGCCCUUGAACAUUCCUCCUGCUUCUCUGCCUCCCUCACUGUAAGAUGCAGUGAAAGUUCCUCUUCCUUCAGGAAGCCUACCUACAUCACCCAGCUGGGUACUCCCUUUCCAGUUCAAUGUAAUUUUGUCCCAUUUGUUGGUCAGGAUCCCCAGGAUGGGUGGAGGGCAGGCCAUGGAGCCACAGGGACUGGUGGAGGGGAUCUAAGAGGUGGGGUUCAGACAGGGUCCUGGGGAAGGGGAACAUCAUAAUCCCUCCCCCUCCUGAGGCCCCUGACAAAGAUGUGGGAGUUGGGGUGCUCUGGGCCAGGGAAACACACAAGAGUCAUCCCAGGGCAGAGUGGGAGCUAAGUGCCAACAGUCACCACAGAGGUCGCAUGCUGUGUAGUUCUGAGUGACUUUAGAAGAUUCCGUGUUAUUUUCACUCAUGGCUGGGGGCUGACUGGGCUCAUCCUACCAAUUCUGGUCUCACCUGGGGAGUCUCCUGAGGCUGCAGCCAGGUGAGAUGCUGACUUCAUAGGGUUCCUGCAGAGCUCCUACCCACCACAGCAGCAUAAGCUGAAGUCUUGGGGUCUUGGGACUGAGCUGACCCAUGUGGGUUCAUCUGCCACCUCCUAGUGGUUGACAUGGCCACAGAGCCAGCCCUGUUCAGUGGAAAUGAGACCCAUCUGGCAGUGGGGAUCAGCGUUGAAAGCACUCCCUCUCCAGGACAGUGAGGUGCCAGGGAAGAUGGCAGUGCCUGGGGGCAGUGUGUUUACCACACCUGGGAAGAAGAGGCCAUGUAUCAGUUUCCUACUGCUGCUGUAACAGAUUAUCAUAGAUAAGUGUUUUAUGGUGCAUGCCUGUAAUCCCAGCAACUGGGGAGGCCGAGGCAGGAGGAUCUCAAGUUCCAGGCCAGCCUCACCAAUUUAGGCACCAAGAAACUUAGCAAGACUCAGAAAGUAAAAGGGCUGGGGAUGUGGCUCAGUGGUUAAGCACCCCUGGGUUCAAUCCCUGGUGUGUCUGCCCCUCUCUCUCUCUCUCACACACACACACAAACACAAAAGACAGGAUAUGGGCCUUUAGGAAGGAGCCUGAUGUCUCCCUCAGGGUACUCUGGUGGCCAUUGGGCAGUGGCCAGGGUGCUGCUUGAGGUUUGCCAGUGCACAGGGGUGGCCCGGCUGGGAAAUCCAAGAAUACAGGAAGGUCUGGGGAGUCAGGGGCUCACUUGAGAGAGAUCUACCUUGGGGUGAGUGGGAGUUCACAGCAACAGGGGGCUUUCGUCCUAGGAUAAACAGGUCUUGGGACACCAGUCAAGGGGAGGCUGGAGAGCCUGGAAGGAUUCGAGGAGGGAAGGAUCCAAGGAACAGUGCACAUGGACGCAGCCAAAGUCCCCAGCCGCAGUGCGGUUAGGUCUGGCUCUAGUCACUGCAACACCAUGCUUCUAGACUGCUUUCACUUCUGCUUGGCCACCAGGUCAGUUCCUGUCUUUACCCGGGACUCACGUGAGUGUAUCCCGCCCCCCGGAGACCCCGGCGGCUGAGCGCCUGCGCGCUUCUGGAGCAGGACAGACACCCAGAACGGAGCCGCGGGCGCGCGCGCGCACAAACGGUCUUCAAGCGCAUGCUCGCUCAGCCUUGGCCGCGGAAUCUCUGCGUCCCCAACACCCUUCUCGGCUUGUGACUGGCUGACUCCGGAUGGGGAGCAGCGGCCCCCUCUGUUCACCUGAAGCCGAAGGGGCCUCGCGCUGGCGGCCCAUCCGGGGGGAGCUGACCCUACGCAGCGCGCAGGACCGGUCGGGGUGCCUGGGAGAUGUAGUUUGCAGCUUUGCUGAGUGCCUACACAAUGCCACCACUGCCCCCGUUUAAAAGAAAUGACUUUAUUGGCUUUGCAAAUACUUGUCCGUGAUUAAACAGUGCAACAAAGAAUA